CUUUCACGAUGGCAGCAACCUCACGAAUUAUUUGGGCGAGCCUUGGUCGACCUUUUGCUACCUCAAGGAGUAACUUUUCGUUAAUGUGCAAAAAAUGCCACUGGAAAUUACGACCAAUGAGUUCACAGGCCAUGGUACACGUUGGAAGAAAACGACUGUUCCAGAGAAAAUGGCUUUGGCUCUUAUUUGGUAGCGGUGCAUCUUUACUAGCGAUGAACGUUUACCAUAACAGACUGUGGGAGGCCAGACAGCGUAGAAGACUGCGAGUUUCACUAGAAGGGGUAGGAAGAUUCUUCAGGUGUUUUUAUGUUGGAAUGAAAAUAUCAUUAGAUUACUGGUGGACCCUGCACAACUUAGAUCCUGAAGGAGAGGAAUAUGCCCAAGCCAUUAAAGGAUGUCACCAGAGAGCAGCAGACAGGAUUGUGGUUGGUGCAAUUGAAAAUGGAGGGAUUUAUGUCAAGUUAGGACAAGGUCUUGCUUGCUUAAACCAUAUCUUGCCACGGGAGUAUACAGAAACUCUACCAGUAUUACAAGAUAAGGCCCUUCGAAGGAAACAUGGUGAGGUAGAUGAGUUAUUUCUUGAGGACUUUGGCAAGAAAGCUGAUGAUUUAUUUCUGAAGUUUGAUCACAACCCCAUAGCUGCCGCAAGUCUGGCACAGGUGCACAGAGCUGUUACACAUGAUGGGAGAGAGGUGGCUGUGAAGAUUCAAUACAUUGACCUUCUGGACAGAUAUGAUGGAGAUCUGUGGACAUUAAAACGCUUACUUCAAGUGAUUGCGUGGAUGCAUCCUUCUUUUGAGUUUGCUUGGGUUUUAGACGACAUUCAGGCGACUUUAAGGCAGGAGCUUGAUUUUGUACACGAAGGUCACAAUGGGGAAAGAUGCGCAGAUGAACUGAAGCAUCUCAGCUAUGUUUAUGUACCUAAAAUACACUGGGAUCUUACUACCAAGCGUGUGUUGACCGCAGAGUACAUGGAUGCUUGUAAGGUGGAUGACGUUGAAGAUCUUAGACGGAGAGGACUGGACGUGGCUGAUGUUGACGAGAAAAUGAUCAAAGCGUUUGGCGAGCAGUUGUUUCAUAGCGGUUUUAUUCACGGCGAUCCUCAUCCCGCAAAUGUUCUCGUUAGGAAAGGCAAAGAUGGGAAAGCUGAAAUAGUCAUCAUUGACCACGGGCUUUACGAAACUCUCCAGCAAAAAGACAGGAUAGCCUUGUGUCAACUGUGGAAGUCCAUCAUACUCAAUGACCAGAAGAAGAUGCAAUAUUUUAGUAAACAACUCGGAGUUGAUGAUUUCGAGAAUUUUUGUCAGAUUCUUCUUCAACGUCCGUUCGCGUGGGGAAGCGCUGGAAUGCUGUUUACUUCAAGAGUAACAGAAGAGGAUUUGACAAUCAUGACAAAACUCGCUCAAGGACACUUCGAGAAAGUGAUAAUCAUUCUUAAACAGCUUCCACGGAGCAUGCUGCUUGUGUUCAGGAACUUAAACACAGUUCGACACAUUAAUCAGGAACUAGGAGAGCCAGUGGAUAGAUUUGUUCUCAUGGCCAGAUGUGCCAUCGCGGGAAUUCACGGCCAUAUAAAGCAUAGUAGUCUAUGGUCGAAGAUGAAGACAAUCUUUGAAUCAUACGUCCUCGAUGUGAAAAUAAGAGCCAUGAGUUUCAGAGCGUGGAUGGUGGAAACCUACCUGCAGAUUCUUCAGUACCUGGGGCGUGCACCCAAAGAUAUGGACAAACUCACGUCUAAAUUAAAAACCUUACACGAGUUGGACGCCAUAGCCGCAGAACGAGCCAAAAGAACGGUCUCGGUUUCUUGAUUUCGUUCCCCAUCACAUUCAAAUUGUGAAAAAUCGAAAACUUUUUAUGUAUCAAAGAUUUUAAUCAUUUAUAAGUAAAUAAUGCUGUUAUGAUC